GCCGCGCGAUCGCGCUUAGACGAUAUUUACCUGCUUGCGCGCGGCAGAUCCCGGCAGGAGCGUAUACCGCCCGCACGCCAGCUCUCCCCCGGGAGCCCCCCCUCGGAAGCGGGCCCGCAGGCACGCACGCACGCACGCAACGCACGGCGGUAACGCCUACGAGGACAGCGCGCCAUGCGUCAGCCUUAAAACUUACGAGGGACCGAGGUUCGGGACGGGAUCUGAGAUCAGUGAGCAGCUGAAAUAUCGAAGAUGCUGCCAAAAUUGAUACUCCUGCUCUGGACGGCAAUUCCGAUUGCGUUGUCCCAGAGCAACUAUGCGUCGCAAGGCAACAGCAUCGAGUAUCAGCCGGGACUGCCGCCGAGCACGGUCCUCGACGGCAAAGUCACCAAGCUGGACGACAUCUCGCCGAUUAUAUUUCUGAAUCGAACGAAAGCCUAUCUGAAUUGCGGGCAGGGUAGCAUGGAAGUCGAGCUUAAGUUUGAGGAACCGUUUUACGGAGUGGCCUAUGCCGACUUUGAUCGCAACAGCGCCUGCAUAUUCAAAGGACGGGGCGCGACGACCGCCAAAUUGGAACUACCUCUGAAGGGAUGCGGUACAAAGCAAGAUCCUCUACGCGUGUUCACCAAUAAUGUGGUCGUUCGCUUUCAUCCGGGAUUAGAAAUGGACGGGGACGAGGUUAUCACUAUAGUUUGCAGAUAUCCACCACCCGUGGCACCGGCGCCUCCUAAGCCGCCAGAGAGCAUAAUGGCCACGUUGACGCCCGCGUCGGUGACCGAACCGCCGCUGAAAGGCUUCCAGAUUCUGCUGAUCAUCUGCGCCAUCCUGUUCCUCUCGUUACUUCUGCUCGGCCUCGGCUGCUCCUACAUGUGCCUGAAACGCCGAAACGUGCGCGUGGUCCAUCGACAUCCGUUCGAAAGCGGCACCGGCUCCGAGAUAACGAAGCUCUCCGGCUCGUCCCUGAGCAACAUCACGAUGUUCGAGGGUCUGAAGAUACCGCGGGCGCACGCUCUUCUUCACGCGGCCGUGUCCACUUCUGGUAGCGAGGCGAAUCUGGUGAUCGAGCAUUCGGACACACUGCCGAGCGAUUACCCAAGCGAGAGCCACUCCGAGGUGGAUGAGGAACGUUCGCUGCCUGUAUCCUCCGCCGGAUCCUACGACAACAAAGCAUUCGUGGACCAUCAUGAGGUCCAGCGCCAAGUGGAAAUGCGUACUUCGAGCUCCUUGUAUUCGGAGACAGUUGCCGCGGAGGUGGAGACCUCCUCGAUGACAGCCGCGAACGCUUCGAGGAUCGUGGUGCCGCGACACCCCGUGGCCAUCCCGAUCGAGCCCAAGUUCGACGUGCAGAUGCGGGUUAAGAGGGCACCGCCGCCGCCGAGCCCGUUGCCAUCGGAAUCCGACGUUGCGAGCAUUGCCCUCGAGAGGAAUCUGACGACCAUUCUGGAGAGAGAGGAGACCUCUCGCUCGCUAGAAAGCGCGCCCUACCGAAUGACGACCUUCUCCUACGUGCCCGAGCUUCACGGACCACCGUCGUCCGUCUCGACCAUCUCUCGGCAGCAGACGCCGCCGGUCUACUCGAGGAUUUUACGCAAGCAGGCGGAGAGGGAGACCGUGAUCCAGGAGAAAAUCCCGUCGCCGACAACCGAAACCCGCUCGCUGACCGAGGUGACGGACUCUUCGCACGCCAAGUACCGAGUGGCGAGCAUCCUGGCGCCGACCCCGCCGCCGCCGCCGCCGAUCGUGCCUACCACGUCCACCACCACGACCCAUACCGCCGUGCAACACCGCGAGCAUCGUCUCUUGCGCGAAGAAAUGGCCGAGCCGCUGGUCGAGCCGCAAGUAGUCGCGCCCCGCCGUCCGGAGAUCACGACCCACGAGGUGGACGACGUGUUCCUGCGCACCGUCACGGAGAAGAAGACGAUCGAGGACGUGGAGCGUCACAGUCGCCAGAUCACCGAGUACCGCGCCAGGUCUCAGCCGCUGCCGGAUCUGAAAUGGGACGUCACCAUCAGGAACUAUCCGACGGAGGACCUGCCGCCGCCGCCGCCGGAAUGGGAGAACUUCUCCGACGUUAGCUCGGCUUCCAAUUUGACCAUUACGAACGAGCCGACGAACCAUCUAGCGGACGACGAGCCGGAUGUGAACAUCGAGCCGACUUAUACCACGCGCGCCGAGAUCCCGUGCCGGCCGCCACCCGCCGCGCGCCGUUCCCUCGACGACGCCGACGCCGAUUGGUACACCAGGUUGGCGCGCGUCCUCGAGCCGCGUUACGCCACCGAGCUGACGGAGGAAGAGCGCGCCAAGUGGCGCGAGAUCAUCACGACGGAGAGCACGCUGCGGACCCUGCUAACCGAGGCGGUGGUCAAGGAGGACUACGAGCUGAUACGCAAGGAUGCGAGAUACGUCAAUCUCUUCCCGCCGGCGAAGUGGGACGUGAUUAUCCGGAUCCUGAGUCCGCCGUCGACGCACACCGGCUCCACCUCGUCCUCCAGCCACGGCAAGAACCACGGGCAGAGGUACAAGCGGUCGAAGUCGUCGGAGUGGGACACCAGAUCCAGACGCUCCUCCCUUCCCACUUUGUACGAGUACGAGAGCGACGGUGGCAGCUCGGCGCGCACCCUAGGCACCCAUCAUCUGCAGACGUCGCAGUCCGCCACGACCAUGUCCGGACAGAUCAUCGGCCGUCCACGCCGACCGGGCGGCUCUAUUCGCUCGCGGGGAGCCGGAGUUGGCAGCGAGGCCGAUCUGAGGUCGAUGUCCGAGAUAACCGUCCGCGAUUUCGCCCGGAUGGACAGGGACGACCUGACCAGCUUGAGCUCCUUCGAAGGCGCGGACUCGCUGGUCAGAUCGCUCAGCCAGCCCAGCCUGGCCAGAUCGGGCUCGGAAUUCACCGAGCACUGGGGCAUGCCCUCCGGCAUUCUGCCGCCAUGGGCGACCACGGAGGACGGCGUCAGCUCGGUGGAGACGACACCCAGGGCGAUCAGGAGGGGCGACAGGCUGGAGGUCCUCGCCUCCUUCGACGAGCACAGACGGGGCCCGUCCAUCACGAGAUCGAGCCGGUACACCGAGAGGGAGCUCAGCGUGCGCGUGACGGAAAGCCAGAGGGCCUCGGACUGGUUCAACGACAACAAUUCCGAGCCGGAGAUGCAGAUCUGAGCGCUUCCGAAACAGAUCACAGAUUCUCGGUCUUUACCUCGAAUCCUUUGCGGAGAUGACAUUCCUGGAUCUCGACGAAGGUCUGAGUAGAGUUAUUAGGGAUGAAUGUCGACAAUAGGGGCAACACCGUACCGUCCGCACGAAAUCAAACACCUUGAGAUCAUUUCUUUUCGACGAGAGGAGAGUUUGCUUAUUGUCACCAGUAAUGUCACCAAUCAUUUCUUUUUAUAAUUCUUUGAGCAGCGAGUCUUUUAAUAUACAAUAAGACUGGUCACUCGAAGCGGGUUCAUUCGCAAAUUGUAUCAACGGAUACAACCAUUGCAUUCCGAAGAUUCACGAUGUUUUAACAAAUUCUGGCGAGAGAGAAUUAAAAUUUUAACUCCGAGAUUCUAAUAGAUUUUACAUUUUAAAUAAAGUAAAGAAUCCU